AUGGCCACAACAGAGAACCAUCUAGGUUACCCAAGUAAUUUUUUCUAUACAAAUGAAGUGAUCAGAAAAAUUUCUGGUAUUUGGCUACCAGGAAAUAAACAUCGUUUCAUCCUGCGGGUGUUAUAUUUUCUGUACGUUUCUUUUCUAUACGGAACAGGACUGGCCCUCUUCAUUUGCGAAUUCCUGAUUUUUCAUGAGACAGUAAAAGGAAUCAGUAAAUUUGUCAGUCAUAUUGGAAUGUUGUUCACGCAUGUAGUGGGAAUACUGAAAAUGUCCAUUUUGAUUUUCGGAAGAAAAAAAAUUCAGAGAAUUAUGAAUGUUUUGCAGGAUGAAAACUAUUUUUAUCCUCCUUUGGGUGAUUCACAACCAGGUUCAUGGGUUGUUAAGGAAAAAUUAAUGAGCUCUGGUUUCUCCAUUCUGGUAUUCGUUUUGUACACUUUUGUGGGAGUAUCCGCUCAUAUAUCAUCUAUCAUAACUAUUAACAAGGAAGUGAAAGGAGACACUUUUAUUGGAACAAACAAAACUUGUUACGAUUACAUGCCGUAUUAUCUUCAUAUUCCUUUCUCCACUGAAACGAAAUCAAAAUGUGGUGUUGCAUUUGCAUUUAUGGAUGUUGGACUAGGCGUAUUUGCUUGGGUUAUUGCUUCGAUGUGGGGAAAAUAUUCCAGUGACAGAGCGCGAGAGAGAGGGCGCAACAGAGAGGAAAAGACCGCGGAACGCGCGAGAAAGAGAGAGAACAGCGAGGGCGGGCGACAAGUGCCAACUUCGAUACCAGCCUAA